AGUAGUGUCAGUGAGUGUCACUGUCACAUUUUCAACUUCGACUCCCGUGGCCUGUCCUCAUCCUCAGCCGAGUUAGAAAUUAGAAUUUACUUAUAAUUCCAUUGAACAAAUUGUAUUCUAAGAAGAAAACAAUCAAGACAUCAGUUAAUAAUUUUAAUCAAUCCCACUCAUCAGCUUUGUAACGAUGGAUAGCGAAAAUGACGAACUUGCAAUUCUCGAAAGUAAACAUCGAAAAGAAAAGAAAGAGCUCCAAGCACAAAUUCAAGCACUGAAAAAAGCUGCUAAAAAUGAUAAAACAAAAAAAAAAGAGCUUACAGCAGAAAUAGCCAGGUUAGAGGCUGAAAUGGAUGCUAAACAUCAGCAAGAAUUAGAUUCUGCUAACAUAGCUGUAGAUGAGGUUCCCGCCGAUUCAAUCCCAACUAUUGAAAAUGAAAUAGCAAAAGUAAAAAUUUCAAAGGCCCAAAAACGUAGGGACAAGAAAUCGCAACAGGAAAAGGAAAGGGAAGAACAAAUAAAACAGCAAGAACAAGAAAAUCUCCAUGGCCCUCGAAAUACUGAACUUCAAGGAAUAAACACCAAGUUAAAAGAAAGGAAACUAAAGAUUUUCUCUAUUCCCUCUGAUGGUGAUUGCUUGUACAAAGCCAUUGCUCAUCAGAUGGUUGUAAUUAAGCAGAAAGACAUAUCUGUAGAUGAAUUAAGGGAAAGUGUAGCAAAAUAUAUAAGACAAAAUAAAGAUGAUUUCAUUCCCUUCAUGAGCAACCCGGACACAUGUGAAAUGUUAACUAGUGAAGAAUUUGAGGAAUAUUGUAACAAAAUAGAGAAUACUAAGGUAUGGGGUGGUCAGUUGGAAAUUAGAGCUUUGUCAAAUAUUCUGAAAUGUCCUGUGACUGUGAUACAAGCAACGGGACCGGGCUCUAUUGAUCAAGGAGCAGAACAUGAUGGGCCACCACUAAUAAUAACAUAUCAUAGACACAUGUACAGACUAGGUGAACAUUACAAUUCAACUGUUCCUUAUGAAGGUGACAACUAGUUUGAAUCAACUGAAUAUGAAUAUUAUAUUAAGUAUUAAAAUAGUAUCUAACAAUUCCCAUGACUUACCAGCCUACAUUUUAUUGCAUUUAUAAAAUAAAUGAAAAUUGUAAAUAGUCUGUGUAUGUACUCACAUUUCUGGUAAAUUAUUUUUAAUAAAUAAUAUUGUUUACAA